AUGUUGAAAAAUAUUUGCAAAACAUUUUGCUUUCAACGCAAGUAUCGGUCGAUUAUCUCAUUAUCACAUGAAAGACACCGACUUUUGUCCACCGAAGACAAGACCAGAGAACACGUGAAGAGCGCCGAAAUCUCACAACCGAUUGAAUCCACGUUUGAGUCCAUUAACAGAGUAUUAAAAGACAAGAGUUUGAAAGACCUGUUAAAUGAAGCGUCGAGUGAAUUGGAAAGCAUCGGUUCCGGCGCUCAAGAACUCACUCAAAGGGAUAUAAACGAAAGCAUUGCUAAAAGGGAUCAAAAGAGGCUUUCAUUGCGGCCGAAGACGGCUCCGGAGGACACGACUGUAAUGCUAUUCCCGGGUCAGGGCUCGCAGUUUGUUGGGAUGGGUUAUCAUGUCAUCGAUUCGCCUAAUGUUAAGCAAAUGUUUACAAUCGCUAAACAGAUUUUGGGCUACGAUUUGCUUGACUUAUGCCUUAACGGACCGAUUGAACGCUUAAAUCAGACCCAAUUCAGUCAACCGGCAAUCUUUGUCACGUCGUUGGCCGCCGUCGAGAGCCUCCGCCAAUCGGGUUCGGGUGAUGUGGAGUCAUGUGUGGCGACCGCCGGCUUUAGUGUCGGCGAAUUGGCUGCUCUGGUCUUCGCCGGCGCUCUCUCUUUCGAAGACGGACUCCGUUUAGUGAAGAUAAGGGCCGAAGCGAUGCAAUACGCGACCGAAUUGGUGCCGUCGGCGAUGAUUACUGUCUUCUUCAACGCCGACGCGCGCAUCAACUUUGCCUGCAAUGCGGCCAAAGAGUGGUGUCUUCGCAAAGGAGUACAGCCCGAGUACGCCGUGUGUUCGGUCGCUAACUAUCUGUUCCCGCACUGCAAAGUCGUCGCCGGACACGAAGAGGCCAUCAGUUUCUUGCAAAUGAAUGCUAAAGAUUUUGGCAUUAAAAAGACAAAGCGUUUGCCAGUUUCGGGUGCUUUCCAUACAAGCCUUAUGGCGCCCGCGAGGGAAGUGAUGAGAGAAGCGCUCAAACGGAUCCGAAUAGAUGUGCCGCUAAUCCCUGUUCACUCCAACUUUGACGCCAGGGUUUACAGCAAUGCCGAUGACAUCCGCAAGAAGUUAGCCAAACAAAUCGUAUCACCCGUUCGUUGGGAACAAAUACUUCACAUCAUAUAUGAGAGGCCGAAGGAGACCAAGUGUCCGAAGACCUUCGAGUGCGGCCCCGGGACCUCACUCUUGUCCACAUUAAAUAUGGUUCACGGCAUCGCCCGAAGAAGUGCCCGACACGUCCCGGUUUAG